AUGCUUUCUCGCCAGUUGCUCGUCGGCCUUUUGGUUGCCCUCGGGAUUUCCGCCAUCCCUACCAAAGACUCUGGGUCGUUUUCCAACCUCCGGCCUCGCCAGGACUGA